AUGAGUGAGGCUAAUAGAUGUCUGAAUCGAAUUGAAGAACUUUCAAGCAAUGACGAGGAGAAUAGGGAAGAAGAAUAUCCUCUAGAAAAUGAACAACGUAAAAGCGAUCGAUACAGUUCUUCUAACCAUUCCGAAGUUGGCUCAUCCAUACCAACAGGUUCUCUGGACAACCAUGGCAAUGUGCAGUCAUCGAUGAAUGCUGGAAACGUUUUCACGAGCUUUCACUCAUUUUCUCGAUUCAACGAAGAUGGAGAUGCCGAUAGAGAAGAUGACUUGAAUGGCAAUUCGUCUCCUGAAUCAGCGAUGAAAAUUGAAAGUUCUACCUCUAGUGCUACUUCAACUACCAAAUCUUUCGCUCAACCUCUUCCAGAUUUUUCUCGUCUCGGAUCGGCUGCUGAUGCUCCGUCAGUCGGAUUUCGUCGUCGAAGCGCUCCAGUGACAAGGGAUAUGCGCCCCGAUCCAGUUAUGGUCAAGAUGCUCAAGAAAAUUCGAGAUAUUCGAGAUGACAGUUCGUCUGAUGUUUCUGAUUCUUCAAGUCCUUCGGACAUGAAUAGAACUAUGUAA